GGCCUUUGUCGAGAGCAACUUGUUUUGAGUUAAGGAUUAUCAAGGCGAAACGGCGAGUUUUAACUUUUUAUAUUUUAAUCUAAGCAAGAGUCGAUCAGUCAUGGAAAUGCACGCUUUGCGCAAUGCAAACAACCCCAUGUUCGUCGGAGGCAAAGCCGGGCAUGUAAACUGCGGUGCAAGGAGAGCGGUAUUCGGCGAACUUUCCAAUUUUGCGCUCAAAACAACUCAGACCAAGAAAGGUCAGCCUGUACCACCUGUAAAACCAUCUGCCCAGCCAGCUGUUGCCCAACCCAAACGUGCCCAGGUACAGCCGGAAGUCCCCCAACCUGCUUCAGUUUUACCCCCACCUCAUGCUGAUGUCAGUAUGAAGGAAGAGGAACUUUGUCAAGCCUUUUCCAACACCCUCUUUCCAGUCGAAGAUAUUGAUGAAGGUGAUGCUGACAUGCCCCAGUUAUGUCCCGAGUAUGUAAAGGACAUCUAUGCAUAUCUGCGAAGCCUUGAGGCUCAGCAGUCUAUUCGUCCCCGUUAUAUGCGUGGUUAUGACAUCAAUGGGCGGAUGCGUGCUCUGCUUGUUGACUGGCUGAUUCAGGUGCAUUCAAGAUUUCAGCUGCUGCAGGAAACCUUGUUCAUGACCGUGGCCAUUCUUGAUCGUUUUCUCCAGGUCCAACCAGUGACUCGUAAAAAGUUACAGCUAGUGGGAGUCACUGCAAUGUUGGUUGCUUGCAAAUAUGAGGAAAUGUAUGUGCCAAUGGUUGGAGACUUUGCCUACAUUGCUGAUGACGCCUUCACGAAAGCCCAGAUUCGCGAGAUGGAGAUGUUGAUUCUAAGUGAGCUGAACUUUAAACUUGGACGUCCUUUGGCCCUGCACUUUUUGCGGAGAGCUUCAAAGGCUGGGAAUGCGGAUGCAGAAAAGCAUACCCUUGCUAAAUAUUUCCUUGAACUGACGCUGCUCGACUAUGACAUGGUCCAUUAUCACCCUUCUGAGACUGCAGCUGCUGCACUCUGCCUCUCUCAACUUGUGCUUGAUGGCCAAAAAUGGUCACCAACCCAACAACACUACUCUACAUAUGAUGAGGCCCACUUAAAGCCCAUCAUGCAGCACAUUGCCAAAAAUGUUGUUAACAUCAACGAAGGGCUCACAAAGCAUGUGACUGUGAAGAAAAAGUAUUCAAGCAGUAGGCUAAUGAAGAUCAGCCUCCUUCCCCAGUUGAAAUCUUCACUCGUAAAGGAUCUGGCUGCUCCUCUGCAGACCAGUUAAGAAGUUUGUUUUUGUUUGUGGAAAUGGACUAUCAACCUGCACUUUAUUUUGUGUUAGUCAUUUUGGGAGAUGGACUGCUGCUUUUAAACUUAUGUACAUAACUCUUGGACUGUCUGUAUUAAUAAAUUGUUUCUAUUCUUUUAAUAAGCUUACAUUUUAAGAUGAGGGUUUAAAUUUGGUCUUGCUGUUCAUUUCAAUGUUUUUUAAACUUGCUGGUGCUGUAUCUUUAUGCAAAUUGAUGAAUUGAAAUAAAUCC